AUGGAGCGCGUGAUGGACAAGAAGGCUGCGGCCAGGGCCAUGGCUGCACCCGCCCCCCUCAAGAAGAAGAAACUCGUCAGCACCAUCUUCAAACCAAAGACCGCCACCACCACCACCAUCACUGCAGCUACAGGAGCAACAGGGGCUGGGUCGAAGAAGCGGAAAGCAGAUACGACGACGGAUGACAUACCCGAACACGACCUCGACUUUCUCUCCCUCUUCACUCCCUCCUCCUCCUCCUCUUCAAAAUCCACCACGACUUCAGCAACAACAACGACAACAAAGAAGAAGAAGGUCAAGAAGUCCCCCACUUCCUCCUCCACAAUCGUCACCUCUAAACCCCGUUCCGCCGCAGAAAUCGUAGUAUUCGACAGCUCCAAGGUCGACCGCAAAGGCACUUCCUCAGCAGCCGGAGGCUCUGCAGAUUUCUCCUUCAAAAAGUUCAUGUCCUCCAAGAUCUCGAAACUGGACGAAGCCCCGCCACCCAUGGAGAACCCUCUCACAGCCGAGGAAAAGGCAGAAGAGAUGGAGAUGAAGAAGAACGAUGCAGAAUUGCAUACAUUGAUCAAGAGCAGUCGGAUUCUGGAACAGUUUGCGGCGGAGCAGUUGGAUGGUGUUGAGAGACGGAGACAUCAACGCGAUCAGCUCGUUAGUCUCGGUAUCCAGAAACAGCAGAGUGUGAAGGUGCCGCUUCAGAUCAAGUUCGGAAUGAUGGCCAAGCAGCGCGAGAGAGACGUCAAGGAACUCGAAGAGGCAAAGAACAAUGGAACGUACCACAAGGGAAUCAAACACACGUUCGCGGCGUCAGGAGGAAAGAAGAAGGAGACGAAGCGAUCGGAUCGUGGAUUGAAGUCGUCGAUGGGUCGAUUCAAGAAUGGAAUGUUGACAUUGACCGAGAAGGAAAUCAAGUCUGUCCAGCGCGAGGGCGUCAAGAAGAAGGGCGGCAAGAAGUCUGGUGGUGGAGGCGGAGGUGGUGGUGGUGGUGGUGGUGGAAAGAAAGGUGGUGGAAAGAAGAAGGGCAAGGGCCGCAAGUAA